AAGAAGUCAUCCAAGUAACCUUCCAAUUACCAUAAAAGAGUAGGAUUCAAGAAAAAAGAAUAGAACAGCUCAUGUUUCCUUUACUUCCACUAUUGUAUUUAUAUUCAAAUAUCCUAACAGAAAGAUUGUAGCUUUAUAUUUCAGGCAAAUACAAUGAUUAAUCUCUUAAUCCAUGACUAAUGGCUACCUUUUUAUAGCUUCGCCACAUAUCAUUUAUGUUUGCUUCACCCUUCCUAAUACCCUGUUGGGAGGACAAGGAACUUAUUCCUUGUCAAGGCAUGACUUCCAUAUACCAUUUUUCUACACCGGAAUCAUCUCCUUCCUUCUUCCAUCUUUUACAGCCAUGGAAGACUGGAACAUGCUCGCAGCGGAUUGUGUUGUCAUAUCCUGUUGCUGCCAAUGCUUGAUGCUGCAACUCUUAAUCUUCAUUUUGCUCAAACUUCCUUGCAAACUCUUCCGAAAGACUAAGGAAUACGCGAAGAAGAAACUCCGAAUUCGGUACAGAAAAAAAGCAGCAGAGAAGGGGAUGGAAUCAGUGGUAAGUAAUAGGAUUGGCAACAAAAUCUUGGAAUUCCAUGAAAGGGGUAAAAGAAUUCAAGUAGAAGGAUUCCAUGAAAGUCAUGGCCGUGGCAGUUGUAUGAAGGAUAUUGAAGGGGUGUUAGAAGAAUUGUCACAAAGGGGAGAGUUUGCAUUUGGAAGCUUUUGGGGUAGGGAGGGAUCAGAAGGUGUAGACAAACAAAAACUAGAUUUAAGCCUUGUACAGUUUGAGUUAGUUGAAAUAGUUAGUUCUUCAGAUAAUAAAAUUAAUCAGUUAGCCAUUUAAUAAGCUAUAAUGGUAAUUAAUCAGUUGCCUGGUUUUUUGUAGGCAUCUAUAAGCCAAAUCUUUGAUGGAAUUGGGAUAAUAUGAUAUGCUUGAGAAGCACCCAACUGCUCAUAUUAGUAUGUUAUAAAAGUGGCGCUGUUAAGAAAAUCUCAGAGAUCAUAUGAUCAGAUAUGAAACUAGAAAUAAAGAAAACAUAAUACAGUUUUUACCA